CCAUUCUAGGCCCGAAAAGAGAUACUUUUCCAAAGCAAAAGCGACCGGAAAGUAUAUUCUUUCCGAACAGUUGCCGGACGUUAGAUUAAAAAUAGCUAAGAAAUACCAAUACGCUAACCAAUUUGUUAUAGUUACUCAAGUAUACCUAGGUACAAAUUCAAAGUCACUAUUAUCAACAGCAAAAAUCUUAAUUGUUUAUAAUUUUAUGGGGUCGAGUUAAAUCAGUUCGAACUUGUGUCAUAAUUAGCGUGAAAUGCCCAUUUAUGAUAAGGUGGCCCAUUGGGAUAAAACAAUCCCACUACCUUGAAAGCCUGGCCAAACUCUCUGCUACCACCACCGUUUAUAUUCAAUACGUCUUAUUGCGCUUUGACCAGGCGUGUGGUAGUCGGCACUUACCAGCUGAUUAGUGCUUCUGUUGUAGUGAGUGAGUGGAGUAAAGAUGAGCGAUAUAGAAACGGCUCCCUUGUUCAACAAAGUGGAAAUGCAACAAUUUAUUGAAACGGAAAUUGAACAACAAACAGAGAAGUUGCUGAAAACGUCUACAGAUACCGCUACCGACAUGGAAAUGCAGACCUUUGGACCUCAACUGCUAACUAAGCCUCGUGAUUCCAAAAACAAUGAUUAUUUUGAUGAUGCCAACAAUCCCGAAUUACCAAAUGAUACUGAAAAAAAAGAAGAGAUCGGGAGCCUUGAGGUCUUCACAGAUGCUGAUGUCCACGUGGAAAGGAAGAAUUCUGGUACAUUUGUAUUAGGAAUACUGACCAACAAUUCUGAAAAUAAAAUCGAUUCCCAAUCAACCCAAGUUGAGGGGUUAGAUAUUUCUGAAAAACUUCCACCUCAUGAUACCCCGGAUUCAGGAUUGGACAUCAGUCUACCAACUGUCAGAGCAACAAGAAACGGUAUUGUUAUUUUUGGCCGCCACAUGACCUGUGAAUUACUGAUUUACAGUAUUAUCUACCUUGCUUGCAUAAUAUUUGCUUUCGGUUAUGCAGUAUACCAUGCUGUGAGCUUGAUUAUUGGUGUUUUUGAAAAAGACAAAUCAGAAGAUUUGGAUGAAAUUUCAAAUAAAUGAUGGACACAUUAUUUGAAAACCAGUAUUAUUAUUUUAUAGUUUUUUCUUCAUACAUAAUACACCUAGUAUACAUAAUUUAAUUCGUAGAAGUGUUAUUUUUAAAUAAUAUUCUAAGUUUCUAUACCAUAGGUUAAAAAAAAGUCUCAAUUCAAUCUAGAGCUUUUUGAUAGGAAUCUAUCCUAAAUACAGAUCUCAACUUCAUUUGCCGUCCUUUCCAGAGAGAUACCAUUUUGAGAAUAUUGUUUAUUCCAGGUACAAUUGAACUUUUUAUUUUUCUAUAUACCUAUUUUGCUUAACAAUUUACUCGUACUCGCCAUCUAAAAUUGCAGUUCUGUGAAGAGGCUUAACGCAAAGUUGUUUUCUGGUAGAUAUUUUUUGUACAACAGAUUUGCAGUCACCUAUAGAAUCAUCUUCAUACAUUAUUUUUUUGUAGUCAGAACUAUGUUGCCUCUCCAUAUCGAACUCGAACCCAUAAUCUUCUUUUACUGGUAUCCUCUCCUCUUGGACCACAAAAAUCAAUAAAUUAAUUUGAAAUGGAUGAGUUUCUCUUUAUAAUGGUUUUGGGUUACUUUUGUCUCAUUAUCAGCAAAAUUUUCAGUUUUUUCCAAUCUGAUCUCAUAGCAACCAAAGUUUUCAAUGCGGCAAAAACGGAAUUAGCAAAAAAGUGAAAAUCUCAAAUCUGACCCAUUUUGUGAAAUUAGAAUUUCCUUGCUUUGGUAAACAUUAUUUUUAAUUUAAGCAUUAGUGGCGGCUCUCUAAUAAAUGCUGUUUUAUUACAAACCCUUCAAAAUUAUUUGCACACAUCCAUUACUAUUACAAAUCAGAAUCUUGUUAACUACUUUGCCUUCACAUUUUCAAGUACACAAUCAAAUAAAAACAUCGAGCCGCCACCUAAUCAAAUAAGUGUGAAUAUAUUCCAUAAUUUUUCAUCUGUAGAUUAGCAAAUAUGUAAUAUAAAAUAAAUGGCCAUAUAAUCAUUUGAAAAAAAUGUUUUAUUUUUACCUUUGGGAAUUUCUGGAUCAAUAAUCAAAGCAGGAUACCAAGGAUAACCACGACACUUGGCCCAAACCAAUUGCAGAGGUUGCAGAAUUUUCUCAAUUCCAGUUUCAGCCAACAAAUCACUGCCAUCCUCUUCAUCGCUUUCAAUAUCACUGGGAUUAAGCGAAUAGCAUGUAGAUAAUGAAUUAUCACUGUCACUUUUUUCAUCGUCUGUUUCCCUAGCACCUCGAUAUAU